UGCUUUGUGUGCCUUUUUAAUUUCUGUUAGUUACUUGGGAUUAAUACAUUUUAAGUAAAACUAAACUUGUUGUACAGAAAGUAUUUUUUGCAAAACAUUUUUAUAACAUUUGGGAUCAGAAGGACCCAACUUUCUAAAGUAAGUAAAUUAACAUAAAAUUGUUUUAAACAUAAAAUUAGAUGAUAAUCAAAUCAGUGGUAUUUAAAUAAUACAUUUACCCUGGCAGUGCUUAUUUAAUCAUGAAUUUGCCUCAGCAGUGCCAUUCCAUUCAUACAUGUACCUCAGUAAUGCUAACAAAGGUAUGCUUAAUUUGUGCAAGUGGAGCUUAUUAAUGAAUGUAAACCUGUCGUUUGUUGGCUCCCCGGCGUCUCUGUCCCUCACUCCCUGCUCUUUAUACAGCAGCACUCUUAGAACCUACACUGUAAAUAUGUUGGGUACUGACUUACUAUAACUAAGUGAAUUAAAUUAAGCUAACAAAUGUGUUAUUUGUUGGUGGAGAAAUCAAGGCCCCAGUUCAAUACUGAUGAGCUGGAGCUGGAGCACAGUGUACCAAGAGAGAUCACUGAGGUCCUGCAGAACAGAGACGUUCUUUCCAUCUGAAUCAGGCCCCAAGUCUUCCCCGUGUAAAUCAUGGGCUCUCCAUACCUGUGUACACUGCUGGACCACAUCGAAGGAAGAGAUGAAUGGCAGGAUGAUGACUUCCCCAGGCCACUGCCUGAGGUGGGUGACAUGGAGGCAUCCAGUACAUUGGGCGAUGAUAGAACAUCUCCCCCAACCUCCCUGCACAUUAAUGUGGCCGGUGGAGGUCUAGGCCAUCGGAAGCGGAGAACUCUUGUAGCCCCGGAUAUGAACCUGUCUCUGGACCAGAGUGAAGGAUCCCUACUAUCUGACGAUUUACUAGACACACCUGACGAUCUGGAUAUUAACGUUGAUGACAUUGAAACUCCUGAUGAGACAGACUCUUUGGAGUUCAUCACCAACGGCAAUGACUUAGAAUGGGAAGAUGACACGCCGGUGGGCUCUGCCAAAACAGGCCCUGCUGACGGAGCUGAGGACGUGGGGGAGGAUGGAGGAAACGGCCGGCUGUGGAGGACGGUCAUCAUCGGGGAGCAGGAACAUCGCAUUGACAUGCAGGUCAUACGUCCAUACGUGCGGGUCGUCUCUCACGGAGGUUAUUAUGGCGAGGGGCUGAAUGCCAUCAUCGUGUUCUCAGCGUGCUACCUGCCUGACAGCAGCUGCCCAGACUAUCAUUACAUCAUGGAGAACCUGUUUCUGUACGUAGUAAGCAGUCUGGAGAUGCUUGUGGCUGAGGAUUAUCUGAUCAUAUACAUGAAUGGCGGAACCCCACGCAGUAAGAUGCCUGGUAUCAGCUGGCUGAAAAAGUGCUAUCAGAUGAUUGACAGAAGACUAAGAAAGAACCUAAAAUCUCUGAUUAUUGCACACCCUUCGUGGUUCAUACGCACAGUCCUGGCCAUCUCCAGACCCUUCAUUAGUGUGAAGUUCAUGAACAAAAUCCGCUACGUGCACAGCUUGGAGGAACUCGAGCAGUUUGUCCCCAUGGAGCAUAUUCACAUCCCUGAGUGUGUUAUACAGUUUGAUGAAGAAAGGAUCAAAGCACGAAAAGAACGCAUGGAACAGGAGGAGAGGAACAGCCAGCCACAAGAACAGCAAGAAUGCACCAAGACAGACAGGCCAACAACGACAACAGCAGAGGAGCCGGUUCUGUGAGAGAGAGAGCAGGAAGGCCUUUCAUUUCAGUAGAAGUCACUUUGACAUGCUGAUCUAACACCAGCGCUUUCACACGCACUGAUACUGGUCUCAGGUCAGCAGAAAAGGGUGACUUGUACUGGAGAAGAAGAAGGAGGAAAAGAGGAAAUGGCACAAUGCUUCAAGGCUUUUCAGAAAAGAUACCACCAGGUGGCACUCCACCAGUUUCUGUAUUCAGUAGCAGGCUGUGUAAACUUUACAGACCUUAUGUGCUGCAAACCCCAGUGAUCACCUGCUGUACCCUGCUUUCUGAUCCUGUCCUGGAAAUAUGAUAUAUUGGCACGUUAAAGCAUUGUGAUUUUUCAUACUGGGAGAUUGUAAGAAUUCAUUUUAGGUAACAGUCUUAAGUUGCAUUAUCAACAUUAUCCUAUUACAAAAGCCAGUAUAUUGUCUUUUUUGCAGGAAUAAUGUUUCUUAGUUACAUACUAAACCUAAUGAAGUUAUUGCACUGGAUAAGAUCUCUCUAUAUCAUUAAAUUAAACAGGCUUAAACAAUCCCCAGUAACAGAUAUAAAAGAAUCAUUGCCUAUAUUUAAUGCUUUCACUUUCCAAAAUGUCAUUUUCUACGGUGAGCCACUGAUCAGUGACAUUGUUAAAUAAUGUCCUUUUACCCGCCUAUACAAACCCAUGGGUGUGUCUACUCAGGAGUGACGUUAAACAGUAAUGCAUGCGAUGGUUUGGACCAUUUCAGCGGCCAUCCUUUACGCCUCUGUGUACACAUGCCUGGCUAGAAUGUAUCGUUAAUCCAUUUUGCUGGUUCUUUAUCAAGGUUUUCCAUGUUUAUCUGGGACCCUUUUUUGGUAAGGUUUCUGAAUGCUUUCUGCCAUUGGUAUCAUGGUCAGUUCUUGGCUUUUAACGUUUUCACAGAAGUGCCAAUCAGUACUUGCUGGAAAAAUGGACUUGGCACAAAUGUGUUCGAUGGUUUUUAUGUUGCCUUAUGUUCUGAAUGUCAAGUUUUAAAAAUUAAACAUGCACUCAUGUGUACAGUUCAUGUUCA